UAUUUAUUGUGGUGUUUUGAUCCUGAACCGUGUAAAGAUUAACCGAAAGAGUUUCUGAUAAGAAUUAUGGCACACUUUAUCCAGCGAACAUGUGAGUAUUUGCUGCUCAAGCCGAAUGUGCUGCUGAAAUAUGAUCUUCGUCACGGACACCGAUUACGGGGCAGAGCGCCGGGUGUGGCUAAAACACUGGCCGAGCGCCUACAAGCCGAAAAUAAGGUGGAUCCUGAAGUCAGCAAACCGGUAAACAUUGGAUUCCCCUACCUGAAGCCUUCCCGAUCAGCACAACUGAGCGAGCGCUUGGCACAGCUGAAGAACCGCCGUAAAAGUACCGAACUAGAAUGUUUAUCACGCGAACGAAAGUUGGACGUCAACAUCGACCAGGUGCGAGAAGAAUGGUUACAGACCAGCGGUCCUUUCCACAUUCGACGCAUCGCUGAACAUUAUGGCGUAUUUGAGCAUCUAUUCGGCACGGCUUACUUUGUGCCACGCGUCGAACUUCGCAUACAUUUCGAAGCGGCGGACGGAGCAUUGCAUCCAGUGCGCUACGGUAACUUGUUAAAGCCCACCGAAGCCCAAUCCGCGCCAAGUGUUGAAUUUGACGGACGGUUUCAGUUCGCUGGACCGGCGAAGACUGGCAAAAAUGAAAGCUGGUGGAGUUUACUGCUCACCAACCCGGACGGUCACUUCGAGGACGGUGAAAAGGAGUACUGCCAUUGGUUCGUAGGAAACAUACCGGAUGGAGACAUUAAACGCGGGGAAGUGCUGAUGCCCUAUCUACAACCAUUUCCACCAAAGGGAACAGGCUACCAUCGUCACAUUUUCGUGCUAUACAAACAGGACGCAGGAAAGAUAGAUUUCUCCGGCUAUAAGCUGUCGAAUCCGUACUCGCUUCCCGAGCGUACCUUCCGCACGCUGGAUUUUUACCGUACGCAUCAGGAACGUAUCACGCCAGCUGGCCUAGCAUUUUUCCAAUGCGAUUGGGACGCGACUCUGCCAGCGUUCUAUCAUGAGAAGCUCGGCAUGCGGCACCCGGUGUUUGAGUACGACUUUCCACGGCCGUACCUACGCGAUCAAGAGUGGUUCCCGCAGCGCAAACCGUUCAACCUUUAUCUGGACAAGUACCGUGAUCCUGCUCAGAUCCGGCAGGAAUAUCUUCUGCGCAAGCUGGCAAAGACGCAUCCGUUUGAAGGACCGGAGCGACCCCUUCGGUUCCCGAAUGCUCAUUCCCUGCGUGACAUACCGUCGUGGCUGCGCACGGAAAUGAAAAAGGACCGGCUCGGUUGGGGUAGGAUCAACGACAUUUAAACAAGUUCCAGUUUGUUCCAGAGCCAGUUAGGGGUAGUCAUGUGUGAAAAUGUUUGAUUAAAAACAAUGAACCAAACUUUAAAUGAACGGAAAACGCCAAACCGCGGCAAAGCCUUGAUAUUGUGUAAAACAAUUGCCUAAAUGCCUAGUUUCUGUUUGCUACUUUAUUUCUCUGUAUCCCAAAGACUUAUGACAAUAGGACUCACUUCUAGUUGCUAUUUAGAGCUCAAAGUUUCAUUAGAACUAAACCAUCCAUGUCGCGCUUAAAUGCACAGUAAAUAUCCUAUCGUUCGAGUGUCCAAAAGUACAGCUAAAGUACUAAUACUUCACGUGAAAUGCAGUCUAAAUUUCCGUAAUUCUACUUUGUUCGAUCUGUUGUAAGCCUAACCUUUAAAAAGCAACAACGCUAGAGUAGAAUCGGUAGUUUCUUUAAAAAUCAGGCUUAUUCAAUCGAGCGGUACCUCUAAUCUUGCUCUUCGUCUACAAGUACUAUGCUACUUUUCUCUAAUUAACUACUACCUAACCAAGUACUUAGCUUACGUGAAAAAUACUUGACAGGGGUCC